AUGUUGACCGCCGAUGCCGCCAAACACGGCCAUGAGAGCGCACCACCGCGUGCAGCCUCGCCCACGAGCAACGGCUCCUUUCUCCAGAUGCCACUUUCCAUUUUAGGCUCAGUCUUGCGCGGACAAACUCCUUCACCGUCGCAGGCGACCUUAACUUCUACACACACCGACCCUGCAAUCGAUACCCCUGACACGCCAACACCGACCUCGCAUAGAGAUGCGAUGAAGAUACAGCAUGACGAGCCUAUAAUCACCUUCGUUCCUUCACCUUCACGGCCGGUUUCCUCCGGCAGCGACGGCACUGCAGAGAAGCCGAAGAAGCGGACCCCUCGUUCGAAAACAUCCUACAACAUCGCCCGACCCGUAAACACUCGCUCAAAGCUACAUGCACGCCCCAAGGUUCUCCUACAGUUACAUCAAGUCAUCGCUUCGCAACGUCCAAAGCCUGCAUACGAAGUCGUUCCUUUCUCAGUCCUCCCCCAGCGAAUCUCGAGGCGUCUUUCACGGAGCUUUAACACCAGGGAAAAAUUAGGGCCACAUGAUCUCUUCAUUGUUCAGGCAGAGGAGUACAACAGUCGUGAUGACGAGAGCAAGUCGGAAGAGGAGCGAUGGGGCUCGCGCGACGUAAUCGGCGUCAUCAGCGCACGGAAGUGUGACAAGGGCGUCACCGAGACCACGGAGAUUUGUAUGAAUGACGGGACGAGUCGCUGGGCGGUAACCGAUAUGCCCAACGGAGGCUACGAGUUCAAUAGCACUGACGAGCAUGGCUUGACGCUGAAGGCGCGUUGGGUGUUGAAACCAGCCCAUUCACGCCGUACGUCAAGCAUGACUGCGAACACACCCCUUUCGCCAUCAUUCCCAGAGGCCGACGACAGGAAGUUUACGUUCAGUACUUUGAGUGUUAAUUCCAGGCGCCAUCCUAUCAUUGCGACAAUGACCCGCAACCGCAUAGAUGUCAUGGAUACUUACGCUUUGCCAUCUGAUGCCUCGCCGUCAACGCCUAGCAUGGCCUCUUACACCCAGUCGCCUACCACGGACGUUUCCAGCAUCGAUGCCAGCAACUUUAUGGAAACUUUGACAGAGAAGCUGCCUACCGAGACCGGCGACGCGCUUCGACAAUUUAUACUGGCUUCUGGUGUCUGGGUUGCUGCCAAAGAAUUCACAACAGAGGGCCCCAACUUGUUCUCGCCCCCAACCCUAGCUCCCUGUGCCACUUUCCGGCCAAACCCCAAUCGCACAUUCUCAAUGUCGAUCCUUGAUUGUCCUCGCUCGCCGUCCCCAGCUUCAACACUCGACGAGAAGCGCCGCUCAAUCCCUCGAAUGUUCAAGCCUAGUUUGGAAAGACUACCUCGUCGCACGACAAGCUUCACUGAUGCUCCUGCUUCGCCUGCUUCUACCAAGACGGCAGUAAAUGCUUCUCCCGUAACCGUUGUGAAGACACGAGCGCGACGUGCCAACUCGACUGGCACUGCUAUGCAUAGUAUUUCAGGCAGCAUGAGGAAGAGAUACGGACUUACCUUCGAAGACCAAACACUCGUAGAAACCGCAGAAGAGCGCACUAUGAAGCGCAGCGUGGAGCUACUUCGCAUUAAGGAACUACAACUGCCCUCGCCUAUAGAGCGACCUUCUGCUGAAUCCACCCGGCCACUCCCUCCUGCUAUACCAUCCCCAAUCGUCAUCCCCGCGUCACCCGAAGGCCCGACUUCGCCCACACCGCUACUCGCCUCUCCUCUCCUCUCACCGGCCAUGCCACAAACCGAACGUUCCAGAAAGACACAGUCUGCAUACGCGCCCAUCACCACGACCGGCAUGUGGGACUCUGGAGUCACGGAAGGCCCCGGUCUCAAGAAGCGCCCCACAAGCAUGUUUGUCAUGAACGAGAAGAAGCGCAAGCAAGAGAAGAAGUUUGAGCGCAGUAAAAGCAUGAAAGAGAAGAGCAAAGCUAGCGAAGAGAGUAACGAAGGUCUCGGUCCUAAGAGCAAGAGGAAGGGUGAUUGGUACAUGUACAAGAUCAAACUUCGCCUCAAGGACAUCUUUAAGAAGGACAAGGCUUGA